ACACUCUUUCAUGACUCGAAUCUACGCACAUUGUCAACUGAAAUUAUUAAGCCAUCAAUAUCCAAGUGUCGUUAUUUUGGUUGCUAUGGGGCUGCUCGUGGAUUCUAUUACUACACUUUCUCAGAAGUGUCCUGCACUUCUGUUGCAGGUUUUGUUGCAAGCAAGCCUGAAAGUGCAAUUGCAGUAUCCACACUUCAGCAAGACAGCCGGUUUACAUCUGUCCAAAGCAAAAAUUCACAGGCAAUUAGUGGGAGCUACACAAUUCUAAUGAGUCCUUCAUACACCUCUACUUCAGACGUCACAGUACAACAGGGCCUAGAGAAGUACUGGUUGUAUAUGUUGCUGCUAAUGAUUGCUCUACUUGUUGGUUGUGGUGGUCUGCUAGGAGUUGUGAUUAUCAGGCACUGUAGGAGAAGAAGUGAUAUCAGGAGCAAUCGUUGGUCAAGUCAUAUGUGGAAUUUAAGUGGAGUGUCAACACUUACUGCACUUACUGAAAAAGCCUUUCGGACUUUUGAAACUGCAUCAAUAAACUCAGAGCACACUACCUAUGAAGAGAUAGUGUAUGCAUUAUAAGAGGGAAGUGUGUUUGUUAUUAUUAUACUUCUUUGCUGGAAUAUUAACUAUUAUGACAGUCAGUUCAGCUACUGCUGGACAGGCAUGAAAUCCUGUGGUGUUUUGUUGCAAUAACUGAAACAGAAGAUAUAUAUAAUUAUCAUCAUUGUUACUCAUGGGCAAGUAGAACGUGUAGUUACUCUUAAGCUGGAGAGGACUGCUAUCUCAUAUUUCAUUUCCUCUUACUAUCAUUACUCUUUCUAAGAACCUUUGUGAACUCAUUCUCGUUUUCCUAUAAAAUGAGCAUAUCUUUUCCAGAGCUUACCAAAUCCUCUCUAGAGCUUAAAGUGUUCGACAGUAGAAGGAAUCACUGUGGGAAUGAGAGUGGGAAGCAAACUUAUUCUUAGCACUGUUGGUUGCUGCAUCAGUGGCAUCAGGUGGUGGUCAUGUAGAGGAACCUGAUAUGCAGUUGGACUUGGCUCUCUCAGUUAAGACUAUGGACAAAAUUACACGCCUUCAAACACCUGUAAGUUUGUAUAUAAAAGCACUUUUAAUUUCCAUUAUACAUGUUGUCUAGGUUCAGUUUUUCCAUUUGGAAGAUGCAUGUCCAUUGUGGAAUGGCGUUACUAGUGAAUAUAGUGCUGCUAACACCACCAAU